CGUAGGAAGUACUUUGUCGCAACUUUCACAUGUGUGUUUCUGGCUGUACGGCUUGGUUCACGUUUUACAGCAGUUUUCAAGAAGUUGCGCUAGAAACAUAAACAUGGUCAAGAAAGGCAAAAAGGAGAAGAAAGUCAAGGGUGCUGAAAAAACAGCCGCUAAAAUGGAGAAAAAAGUCUCCAAAAGAUCAAAGAGGGAGGAGGAGGAUCUUGAAGCUCUGAUCGCUGAGUUCCAGGCACUUGAUUCUAAGAAGACGCAAGUUGUUGAAACAGCCUGCCCCCCCCCUUCACCUCGGUUAAACGCCUCCCUCUCUGUCCAUCCUGAGAAAGAUGAGCUAAUCCUAUUUGGUGGUGAAUAUUUCAAUGGGCAAAAAACCUUUCUGUACAGCGAUCUGUUCUUUUACAACAUUAAGAAGAACUCUUGGACAAAAGCUGACGUUCCAAACCCUCCACCUCGCCGCUGUGCGCACCAGGCCGUCGUGGUGUCGCAGGCUGGCGGCCAGCUCUGGGUUUUCGGAGGGGAGUUUGCGUCUCCAGAUGGUGAACAGUUUUACCACUACAAAGACCUGUGGGUGCUUCAUCUGGCCACCAAGACCUGGGAACAGAUCAAAGCCACUGGCGGGCCUUCAGGGAGAAGUGGGCAUCGGAUGGUGGCCUGUAAGAGACAGCUGGUCAUCUUUGGAGGUUUCCAUGAAAGCACAAGGGAUUAUGUUUAUUACAACGAUGUUUACACCUUUAAUCUGGACACCUUCACAUGGGCCAGAAUCGCCCCCUCUGGAACCGCCCCCUCCCCUCGCUCUGGCUGUCAAAUGACCACCACACCAGAAGGGGCCAUCAUCAUCUACGGGGGAUACUCAAAAGUGAAAGUGAAAAAGGAUGUGGACAAAGGUUCUCACCACACAGACAUGUUCCUGCUGAAAAAUGAAGGCAAAGAGGGACAAGAUAAGUGGGCAUGGAGCCGAAUUAACUCUGCAGGGGUGAGGCCCACGCCCCGCUCAGGGUUCUCCCUCGCCGUCGGCCCCAACAACCGCACGGUGCUCUUCGGAGGGGUGUAUGAUGAGGAGGAUGAUGAGUCGCUGGAGGGAGACUUCUACAAUGACAUGUACUUCUACGACAUGGUCAAGAACCGCUGGUUCACAGGCCAGCUCAAGGGUCCCAAGACGGAGAAGAAAAAGCGUCGGAGAGACAAGAAGGCAGAGGAGGAGGGUGCUGGGGGAGAGGCGGGGGUGGAGAGGGUGGCACCCCAGGAGCCGGUGGAGAUUGUGAAGGAGAUUGUGGGAGAGGACGGGACCGUAAUGACCAUCAAGCAGGUCAUCUCGCCACCCAGUGCCCAGGGGGGCGCAUCGGACUCAGAGAGCGAGGAGGAGGAGGAGGGGAGCGAGGCGGGUGGAGCCGAAGCUGCCACGGUGGAGCCUUGUCCUCGCUCCAAUGCCAUGACCACUGUAAAGCAUGGGGUCCUCUAUGUCUACGGGGGCAUGUUCGAGGUGGGAGACAGGCUGUUCACCCUCAAUGACUUUUACAGUGUCGACCUGCACAAGAUGGACGAGUGGAAGGUUCUUGUGGAGAUGGAUCCCAAAACGCAGGAGUGGCUGGAGGAGUCUGACUCUGAGGGAUCGUCGGACGAGUCUGAUGAAGGAGCGACAGGGGGGGAUGAUGAAGAGGACGAUUCAGAUGACUCGGAGGAAGAAAGCAAGGAAGGGGAAGAGAAUGAUCACCCUCCUGUUAAGCCUGGAGAGGAGUAUGGAGACUACCUGAGCAGGACUGAAGAGUACUGGGUGAAAGUGUCCCGGGCGAAUAUGGGCCCAGAAGCCAAGGAAAAGAAAGUUGUGAAAGUAGCUCGUGCCAUGGCAAAGGUUUUGUAUGACGGCCUGGUUUGACCUUAUACCAGCUUACAUGAACGACAGACAUUGACUAAAGCAAGUCCUUCUUGCAUGGAAUUAAAACGUAUAAAACACACAGGAAAUCAGUUUCAAAGGUUCAUCUUUUUAAUGUUUAAAAAUGACUAUUUCUUUCAGAGAUUUUGUCAACACCAUUUUUGUGCAUUGGAAUAUUCUUCUACAACUGCCUUGCUUUUUUUAAUGACUACACAGUUAACGUUCUUUUUAUUCAAUGUACAGAAUUUACCUGUUAUUUCAAGAACUUGCAUGCUCCUAAAAUUCAACAUUCAUUCUAGUUAAUUUGAAAAUCCUCUAAUAUCUCGACAGGAUGAGGAGGCACGGUUUGCUAUAAUUGUAAUGUGUGUGUGUAUAACUUGGUCCAGUUAUGCUUGUAUUAUUUGGUUAUUUUAUUGUUUAGGAUUUUCUGUAUAUUUUCUGUAUUGCAGACUCUGUCAUUAUUAAAUAUGGGUGCUACUGUUUUUUGAUAA